AAGAAAUCUGCUGACUUUUAUCCACAUGAAUACUCAAGAGAGCAGUCACAACUUCUACACACUUACUUUUGGGAAGCUUGGCUGUGAAGCCAGAGGAAUAGACCUAAAGAAGGAUGUAUCAAAAGAAGUUAUUGCAGCAAUCAAAAACGAUGUGAUGAAGCAUCGGAUUCUAAUCUUCAAGGAUCAAGGAAUAAUCAGUGGAGACAGGCACGUGGAAAUUGCUAAAUGGUUUGGUGAACCUGACUCCACUUUUUACAAGCAUCCACGCUCCCCACAUCCUGAUGUGUUCAGAGUCUCUAAUGAUCGUUCAGAGGGCUGUACAAAUGUUGGCCGAACUGGAUGGCACAUUGAUGGUAGUUUUCAAGAGGCACCAUUUGCGUACUCCCUUUAUCAUAUGAGUUGCACAGAACUUACAACAAGAGAGAGUGACAGAGAUGAAGUUCCAACAAGGGCCAGCAAGGGAGAGCUGGAGAGGGAGGUGUUGUUGGAACCAGCGCCAACCAAAGAGAGAGAGAGCGCCCUCAGCAGUUUCCUCAACCAGGUGAGGUAUGAUCACUCCACCCUGGUCACGUAAUACUCUGUGGACUGC